AUGGCUGUUGGAGAAAACUGGUUCUUGGCAGUGGACGUGAAAAGCUCAGCACUCAACGGAAUUUACGGAGGAAUUUAUCAUUCACCUAGCAGCAGUGACACGGAGUUUAUUGACAGCUACGAAGAAUGGCUAAGAAGUGUGUUCGCAGAUGAAAGAAGGAAUGUAUUCGUCGGUGACUUCAACAUUCGAUGGAAUGAACCAGGGUGUUCCAGAGAGCUAAAGAACGUUGCAGAUGCUAUGGGAAUGAGGCAGAUUGUUUUGGAACCCACGCGCGUCGGACCGACAAGCAGCAACAUCAUUGAUCUCGUCUUCACCAACAUGGAGAAUGCAGAAGCACGUGUUGUUGAAGAACUGAAAGUGUCUGACCAUGAGACAAUCAGUAUCGCGAUUGGGAAUGACACAAUCAAUCUUCCGGAGCGAGAAGAAUCGUAUGUAAGCUGGAAGCGGUACUCCAAGGACAAGCUGCAAGAAAUUCUUCGAAGAAACAGGAGCAAUAAUAGCAGGAUAGAUGAGACAAUUGGAGAAGCAUCGCGUAACUUCAGCACAAAUCUGGUGUCCGCUGUUGAAAGUUUAGUCGAUGUUCGCUGCUGUAGACGCACAGAAACAAGUGACUGGUACACUGAUCAUCUGAGGGCUAUGAAAAAUGAACGAGACAACGCGUACCGGCAAUAUAGGUGUACAAAAUCUGUUCCAGCGCUGGAGAGGUACAAGCUGUUGAGGAACGCUUACGUCCGGGGUCUGAAACAGGCGAAAAAUCAGUCGGUUGAGGAAGAAAUCAGAAGCUGUCAUGGAGAUUCUAAGAAGCUAUGGAGAUGUUUGAAAUCGCUGAUUCAGCCCGGAGGAAAGCAGCAUGCAGAAAUCGUCUUUGGAACCGGCUGCAGCGAUGCAGAAACAGCAAGGCGUCUAAACAACUUCUUUGUGGACAGCGUAGAAGAGAUUCAUGCGAAGAUUCCGCCUCCAUCAGUAGUUCCAGUAGCAGUGCAGGAAGAGCCAGAAGAGUCGCUGUACGAAUUCCAACAAGUCACCAUGGCCAAACUCAAGGAUACCGUUCGAUCGCUAAAAGACUGUGCUGGCGUCGACAACGUGACAAAGCGUGUGAUGUUGGAUGCUCUGGAUGUCGUAGGAGGAGAGUUGUUGGAUAUUGUGCCGAAAUCAACGCGUCCGGAAGAUCACAGACCAAUCAACAUGUUGCCGCUGUACGAGAAGGUCAUAGAAACGAUUGUGAAAGAGCAGCUGACGGCGUUUGUGGAUCGAGUGGGACUAGACGUUGAACCACUUCAGACCACUUUCUGUUUGGGACUGCCGGCGAGGAUUCCGUUCCGUUUGCCCUCGUCCUCGACCGGAGAGCACCGGUACGGAGGACCCUGCCAGCAGCACAAACUCAAUAGAUUAAAAGCCUAA